AUGUACAGCUUUAUGGGUGGAGGGCUGUUCUGUGCAGGAGUGGGGAACAUCCUCCUGAUUGUUUCCACAGCAACCGAUUACUGGAUUCAGUAUCGGCAGUCCAGCAACUACAUGCACCAGGGCCUGUGGCGCUACUGUAUGCCAGGCAAAUGCUUCCCACACAGCGACAGCAUCGCUCACUUAGAUGCCACCCGCGCCCUCAUGAUCCUCUCUCUUUUGGCCUGUUUCAUUGGAAUCAUCAUCGGCAUUAUGGCCUUCAUCCAUUACUCCUCCUUCGACAGGUUUGACAAAACCUUUGCUGCAGGCAUAUUGUUUUUCAUCGCAUGCUUUUUAGUGUUUCUAGCUAUGGCCGUGUACACUGGUGUGACUAUUAACUACUAUGGGAAACGCUAUGGAAACUGGAGGUUCUCCUGGUCCUAUAUCAUCGGCUGGGUGUCAGUGGUGCUCACGUUCUUUUCAGGUAUAUUCUAUAUGUGUGCCUAUCGGAUGCAUGAAUGCCCCAGGAGCGUCAACUCUCACUAG